AUGAUGGUCGUGAACUGUAACAACGUAGUAAAACCAAAAGCGAUUGGAAAUUGUGAAGUUGUAUCAUCAUAUAUAUACUUGGGGUCAUUGGUCCCAGACAGCGGAGGCUCCGUAGAUGAAAUCAAGCGACGCAUAGCCAUCACUAGGUCUGCAAUGGAGAAACUAUCUGAGAUCUGGAGAGAUCGUAACAUCACAAAGGCAACGAAGACUCGCCUCGUAAGAUCUCUCGUUUUCCCAGUGUUGCUUUACGGUGCCGAAACGUGGACAGUAAGAGAGAGUGAACGGAAACGCAUUGAUGAUUUGGAAAUGUGGUGCUGGAGAAGGAUGCUGCGGAUAUCGUGGACUCAGCGUCGCACUAAUAUAUCCAUUCUCCAGGAAUUCAAGGUUACACAGCGACUUUCGGCAAUCGUUCACUCCCGUAUCCUUAGAUACUUCGGUCACAUUACGCGCAAGGAAGACGACGCCAUGGAGAGGCUUGUUGUCCAGGGCAGAGUGGAUGGCACAAGACCCAGAUUGCGGCCCUCAAUGCGAUGGACCGACCAAGUCAAAGCGCUCACCGGGUCACCUUUAAAUCUGUGCGGGCGGAAUGCAGUGAAUAGAGAAGCAUGGCGGGAAACUGCGAAAAACGCCGUACAACGACCUCAAUGACCACGACUGCUCUGACAAGAGUUUGCGACUGAG